UCAACCAACCAGGAAAGAGGGCUUGCCGUGAUCUGGACUGAAGCGGAUGAGACCAGAAACCUUUGUUCUGUCCCUCGUCAAAUGCGAGACGAAAACCGAGAGCUGAUCCAUGCAUCCAGCCAAAUCCCGCACUUUUUCUGCUGGUCGCCGAUCCCCGGUUGUUAUUUUACAAAACAACAUUUAGGAAGAGUUUAUUUACAAGGAUUAUUCAGGGACGUUUUUUCCCCUACUGGUGGUGGUAGCUGCUAGUCGAGGGCGACAUCUGGCCAUAUUUUUCUUUAGCCUUCUCUCUCAGUGAGCUGCUAAAUGGAAAUUAAACGCGGAACUGAAAGUGGAAGCAACAGAGGUUAUGAUGUUCCAAUCCGCUGUCUGCGGCUCCUGGCCCCACCCCUGCAGCUCCUAUCAGCUGCAGUGUGGCAAGUUGUGCAGCAAGGACUUGUGGAUCACUAUGGGAGACUGGAGGAGUUUGUUACCAUGGUGACAGAGCUGGUCCCAGAGCUCAUGAGCUACAGCCAGAGGGCUCAGCUCAUCCUUGGACUCAGGGCCAGGUUGGUCCUGGAGCUCUGUCGAGGGGAUCAUCCAGUGGACAUGCAGACAAUCCAGCCACAUCUGGACAGAAUAAAAGCUCCCGUCAGCACUGCCAAGGAUCACCAUGUAACCAUCAACCAGGUGGAAGAGUCUGAAGUAAACUUUGUGGAGUUAGUGCAUUCGUUGCUGGAGGAUCCUUCGGAAAGACAGUAUUUUUUCCAAGAAAUCUUCCCUGUGUAUUUCGGGCCGAAGUACGACACCGCGCUGGAGAUGCUGAUGUGGGAGUUCAUAUCCAGGCUGGAGGAGCUCCUUCCUGUUCCAGAUUUCACACAGUUGGCAGUUUUGCUGAGAGACGCUCCCACUUUCCUAGACGACUGUUUACAAUCCUUUUUCUCAGCGGAGGACAUGAAGGCUAUACUUGAACACCACAGAAGCCUGGGCAGUUUUGAAGAGAAAGAUCCCAAAUUAUUACCUAUGGACGACUGCAUCCUGUCCUCCCUCUCCCUACCUCCUGGGACCAAACCAGACAUUGGAACAGCCUCAUGUUCACCCGCUGUCAAAGAAUCCCCACCUCCAGAACACAAAGUGCUCCUCAGUCCUCCCGUCCACACAAGCGGGCUGGAGAGGCCUGUCAGGCUAAGGCCAAAGGAAACCAGGGACUCGGACAGUUGGUCGCCGCAGGUUAGAGGUGGAAACAUUUCUCAGGAGAGGAAAGUGCAAAACCUAAAGCGACCGUGUCAUGAAACUAUAGACCUCACUGUGUCUAAUGAGGCUGCGGACACAGACUCAGAAGCCAGCGAGAGCAACCAAAGCUUGAGGGCUGCUCACGGACAGAGGAAGAGGAAACUGAGUGGAGGGAUGGACAUUCCCACAAAGCAGCUGGUGGACGCUUCAGCUUUCCUGGAUUCCUCAGUGGAUGGCGAGAACUCAAAUGAAUCUCCCCUGAUCUCCAUAUGGGGAGAAUAUACAGACUCUCAGGAAAGGCCUUUUCCCGCUUUGAUGGACUCAAAGGUUCCCUGGUCUGACGAAGAGACGCUUUACCUGCUUGACAUUUGGGGGAAAGACUCUGUGCAGCGGGCUUUAAAGGGCUGCCUUAAAAAUCGUCAUAUAUUCACUCAAAUUGCACAGAAGAUGGCCGAACGGGGCUACUUAAGAACAGCGGAACAAUGCCAGACCAGGAUCAAAAGGCUCAAGAAAUAUCUCCGCCAAAGCAAUAAAGGGAGCUCCAGGCUGGAACACAGACUUAUGGGUAAACUGGAGCAGAUCCUCGGCUCUGCUGCGAAGUCUGCUGUUCCUGAGUUGACUUACAAUGUUGAAGAAGUCAAUGAUGAAGAUGAAUCUCAGGACGGAGAUGGGGACUUGCAGUUUAUCGGCCAAACAGGCCACCUGGAAAUCGGAACUAGAAGUGUGCCAUGGACAGACAUGGAGACGUUGGCCCUCAUCAACAUUUGGGGUGCAGACAAGAUGCAGCAGGAGCUAAGAGGCAUGCACAGAACCGGCCACAUUUUCUCCGUCAUUUCCAACCAGAUGGCCGCUCAGGGUUUCUCCCGGACACCAGAGCAGUGCCAGACGAGGCUGAAAAGGCUCAAGUCCAACUUCAGGCAGUGCUAUCACAACAAUCUGAAGGGACAAGAGCAAGUGAAGUGCAAGUUUUACAACGAGCUGGGGAGGAUUUUAGUGAAGGACUUUGCUUCAAUGAUGCAGCUGGAAGAAGCGUCAGGAGAUUUGGAAAACAACGGUUUUGCUUCUUUCAGUCAGCAGGACAUGGAAUCUGUUUCGGGAAUUCAGGAGGAGCGAAGAAAAGUGCCAUGGUCCGACAAAGAGACCAUCAUCCUGCUGGAGAUCUGGGGGGAUCCACAGGUCCAGCAGUGUCUGGGUCGGUACCCACACAACGGUCACGUUUUCACCGAAGUGUCAGAGAAACUGCGAGCUCACGGGUAUUUCCGCAGCGCGGAGCAGUGCCACACUAGGAUCAAGCGGCUCAAGUCCAACUAUCGCCAGUGUAAAGAAAACAUGAGCACAACGGGGACGGAUCAAGUCGACUUUAAAUUUUACGACCUGCUGGAACAAAUUCUGGAAAAGCAGCCAUCGACAUCAUCCACGGUGAUAACAGACUCUAUUGAAAUAUCAGAAGACUCAAAUGGGGAGUCAGUCACUGAGAAAGAAGAAGAAAGCAGCUUGUCAGCAGAAAAACCAGCAACUAGCUCUUGGUCCGACGAAGAAACUCUGGCCCUCAUUGAGAUCUGGGGCGAGGAAGAUGUUCAGAAGGCGCUGCGGGAUUUUAUCCACAACGGUCACGUUUAUGCAGAGAUUUCUGAGCGGCUGCACGAUCUUGGUUUCUUCAAAACGCCGGACCAAUGCCGCUGGAAGGUCAAGUCACUCCGGAUCAACUUUCGACAGUGCUACGACAGGAAAAAAUUUGGAAGAAAAAUAGAUUAUAAGUUCUACCAGCAGCUGGAACAAAUUUUGGGGCAGGAGGCAGUUUCUCUUGAUGAGUACGAUGAACAAGAUGAACAACCAGACAAGGAUGCAGGUGACGUGAAUGCACCAUGGACAGAGGAGGAGACGUUCGCUCUGAUUGAAGUGUGGGCUGCUGACGAUGUGCAGCACAGCCUGAAGACCUGCGUCCGCAACGGGCACGUCUUUGCAGAUAUAUCUGAGAAAAUGGCCACCCUGGGUUACUUAAGGACAGCGGAGCAGUGCCAGACACGCAUCAAAAGGCUGAAAAAGACUUACAGGCGCUACUGUAACAGUCGGAGAAAUGGAGGGCGGCCGACCGUGUUUCGGUACUUUAACCUUCUUGCCCCGGUGCUUGGUGACGAUUCCAUUUUUACUGAUGUGGACACGUCUGCUGCUGAUGCCCCCCUCAUGGACAGUGAGCCUGUCUUGUUUGAGCAGCCUUCAACCAGCCAACUGGUGACGGACAUGAGCAGGAAGAUGCCGUGGUCAGAGCUGGAGACUCGCACUCUUCUGGAGAUCUGGGGAGAGGACAAUGUGCAGCUCACCCUGAGGGGCUGUCUGAAGAACCGACACGUGUUCGAGUACAUCUCAGAAAAGAUGAAUGACAGCGGUUUCAUCAGGACCACAGAGCAAUGCUACACUCGAAUAAAGCGCCUUAAAUAUGGAUUUGUCCAUGAAAAGGAGGAGUUUAAAUUUUUCAACGAGAUGGACAAAAUCUUCAGAAAAGAACUGAAACUGGACACAUCAGCAGACAUGUUUGUCCCAGAUGAAGCAGAAGACUGUCCACCUGAAACGGCCCUCACUAAAGGAACUCAGUGGGCGGCCGACAACUCCAAACUGGUUUGGGGUGACGAGGAGACCCAGGCCCUGCUGGAGAUUUGGGGGAGCGAGGCGAUACAAGAGAACUUAAAGGGCGGCACCAAGAACAAACACAUCUACAUUCAGAUCUCUCAGGUCAUGGCCAGCCAGGGCUACCCACGCUCUCCUGAGCAGUGCCAGUCCAGGAUAAAGAGGCUGAAGGCCAAUUUCAGACAUUUCCUCGAGGGCAGACAAGGCGAAAAGCAGGAGUGCAAGUUUUUUGACCAGCUGGUGCGCGUAUUUGGCAACAAGUAUAUGAUGAACUCUGAUUCCCUGAGUGAAGAGGCACCAGAAGUGAUCGAUUCCUGAUUUGAAUGGAGCUGAGGAGCUUUAUCUUUCCCGUCGGACGCUUCUGUCUAAUCCCAAGUCUUCAAAUCGUCUACCUUCACUGCAGCUGCAGGCGAACGGGGAACAUGCAGAGGAUGAAGAGCAAGGACGUCAAUGCUGUGAUAUUUGGUGUUUAACUGUUUGAUAGAAAAAAGCCCGCUGCGUAAACUUUUAGAUUAUUCAGACACAAAGAGCUACUGCGGGCUGAAACCUAGUGUGUGUAUGUGUGUGUGCAAUGUGUGUCCCUGCACAAGGGCAGUAUAUGGGAUUGAUCCUAUCAGAGCCAUGACACUCGAUGCUCAGCAUUACGGGGACGAAAUAUGUGAAAAGCACACACGAUGCUGUGCUCCUCGGUGUGCUUUUUUUCUAGCAAUUUAUGAUUUUUUUACUUUAUCUUGAAGUGAGUGAAGCACAUAUAAGUAGGAAUACUGUCAAAUGCCUCCACCCCUGUAAACACUGCAUUAUGUUUUUUGGUCUUAAUUCAUGUCUCACUUUUGAACUCUUAUGUCUCUGUGCUUAUUUAUGUCGUUUAAAUCCUGCGUGUUUAAAAAGGUGAAUUAUUUAAGUUUGUUUUCAUUCUGUGUUGUGAGUUAACCUUGUCUAAAACUGUAUUUAUUUAAAUUAUCCACAUGUGUAUGCCAUAUUUUACACCUUUUUGCAUUAAUUGUGUUACACUUCAGAUAUUACGAAGUGCAGCUGUGCGAAGGUCAAGUUUUUAUCACAUUCAUUAAAUGAAACAAGAAACAAG